AUGCCCGGGCGGCAUCCAAAGAAGCGGUUUGUCUCGUCCUCGGGGCGGGGAGGCAAACGUGCGAAGAGUAAAUACAGGCAGUCACAGACCUAUGUAUGGGGUAUCAUUGAUGGGGAGGGUACAUUAAGGGGUGGCGGCAGGUACAGUAACAUUGUGCCAUAUCGCAACAUGUCACCUUACUAUUCGAGUAUGGAUCCCUCUAUUGGCACUGAGCAGUAUCCGGACGUCAUAGUUGAAUGGGUACACCGAGUGGAAGCAGGUUUUGCCCAUCCCUUGGGCAUUCACACUCUGCGCUCUCAAGCCGCUCUCGAUGCGUGCCUUGCCGCUGCCACUGAACCCAAUGUGCCUUGGUCACGCACCUAUUCUACCUACUACAAACGCAUAGUCACCUAUGCUGGAGGGGUAGAAUUCUCAUGCCGUUAUGUCAACCGUGACGGACGCCGCCUCUUGUGCAGCGUACAGUUUAAUAUGUCGCAUGCAUGCCGACUGGUGCAGCUCGAAAUAAUUGCAGGAAAUGGGCAGUGGUCAUACUACGAAGAUGAAUUCCCUAUUCCCAAUGUAGCACCAAUUGAAUUCCCCAAGUACGCGUAG